UCGACGGUAGUAUCGCAUAAGGUCCAGCUCCAAUUUUUUUUGGCGUGUAGCUGUAGCAGAAGCAAAAGGAAGCCGCUUGUGGAAAAUUUCAACUGCCAUCAGCAAGCACAGAUCCUGAGAAAAUCAGCACGCCCGGCAUUCGACGCACCGCAAAAAAAAAACUUCUUUGACCACUCAGCAGCUCCGAAGAGCAACAAAAAAUCAACAUGUCUGACGAAAAGAAAGGCGGUGAGACAGAGCACAUCAACCUGAAGGUCCUCGGCCAGGAUAACGCCGUCGUCCAGUUCAAGAUCAAGAAGCACACACCCUUGAGGAAGCUGAUGAACGCCUACUGCGACCGUGCCGGACUCUCCAUGCAGGUGGUGCGCUUCCGCUUCGACGGACAGCCCAUCAACGAGAACGACACCCCGACCUCGCUGGAGAUGGAGGAGGGCGACACCAUCGAGGUUUACCAGCAGCAGACCGGCGGCGCUCUAUAAAAUUACUUAGUUAAGUUAGUUACACCACCCCUUAUAACUACAAACAUUAAACAAAAACAAAAGAAACAACAACAUGAAGAAUCCAA